AACAAAAUGUAAAUAACACAAAAAAUAUCUUCGAUACUUUUUUGUUCUAAAAAUUUUGUAUUUAAUGCCUGAAUUUUUUGCGAUUCGAUUUAUUAUUUCAGAAAUAUAUCUUAUUUUACAUAAUCGUGAGAAACAAUUAUUAUCUAGCGAUCACUCGUAAUGGCGGAUAAUGAGACAAUAGCCGGAACAGAGGACGAACUUGAACAUCAUCCCGGUGUGAUUUUUCCGCAUUUGCAAGAUCUCGAGAAAAGGUUCUUCGAAAUUGUCACCGACGGAAGCGUCACCGAAGCACGAUUAUUCCUGGAGAAACAUCCGGAUUUCAAUAUAAACGCCAUCAAUUUUCAAGGUGUUAGCGCGCUGCAUAUUGCAGUUAACGAGAGAAACACGGCGAUGGUCGAGUAUCUGUUGUCUCAUCCAGAUAUCGAUCCCGGCGACACGCAUCUGCACGCAAUCAAAGAUAAUCAAGGGAGAAUUGCUGUGCUGAUAUUGAAUAAGCUGAAUGAAUUGACGCCGGGCUUCGAAUACGCCGGUGUCACUCACAGCCCUGAUUUCCCGGACGAUACAACGCCGCUCGCGGUGGCGGCACAAUACGGGCGCUUCGAGAUGAUUGAUAUGCUCAGAUUCCGACGUCACAUUCUGCAGAAACCGCAUCCGCCUAGUUGCAACUGUGACGAGAUUUGCAAACCGGAAAGAGAAAAAGGUGAUAUCGUGACUAUGGUAAAAAUGAGAUUGUUUAUGUAUAAGGCAAUAUCGAAUCCAAUAUACAUUUGCCACACCGAAGAAGAUCCGAUCUUAGAAGCUUUUAAAUUAUCGGUCGAGCUUAUUAAAGAAGCUUCGUUUGAUAAAGAGUUCUAUCCUGAUUACAUGGCAUUGUCCGAUGAGGUGUCUCAAUUCGCCACAGACUUGAUCGGAUGCGCUCGUACCGCCGAAGAAGUCGAAUGUGUAUUAAGACAAAUCGCUGGUUUCGGCCGUACCUCGACUUUCGAAUAUCCCCGACUCUUACUAGCUUUAGAUUGCGAGCAAAAAACCUUUGUGGCUCAUCCGAAUGUACAACAGCUCGUUGAAAGCAAGUGGAUUGGCACGUGGCAUGAUUGGAAGGUCAGAAGCACGUGGUUGAAGUGCUUGACGGUAAUUCCGCGGAUCGGCAUGCUACCAAUCAUGGCGUUCGUUAUGUUGCUCGCACCGAACUCGAAACAAGCCAAGUUCUAUGAAAUCCCGGUUAAUAAAUUUCUCUCCUCCGUGGCGAAUUACCUGAUAUUUCUCACGUUCGUGUUUUUGCAAUCGCGUAGCGACAAAACUGAACAGCUUCGCGGACCACCCAAUACUGGAUACGAAUGGGUUCUCGCUAUUUACGUGAUAUCAUACGCAGUUGCAUUCGUUCGACUCUGCAUUGUGGAUGGUCUGAUUAGAUGCUUUAGAACACGUACAAACUGGUAUGAGCUUGUUAUGCUCGUGCUGUUCAUUCUGACAUUUCUCUUCUGGAUAGUUGCCGCAUUGGACGUUAGAAUAAAUGGUCAACGUGACUUAGAAAGAAAAUACUGGCACAAAUACGAUCCGACUUUGAUAGCGGAAGGGAUAUUUUGUGUCGCGGCAAUUAUGGCCUUCUUUAAAUUGUUGUUUAUCUGUCAGUUAGAUUAUGAUCUAGGACCUUUGCAACUUUCUUUAGUUAAAAUGAUCAGAGACGUUGGCCAUUUUGUCGCGAUAUUCGGUAUCAUUGUUAUGGCAUUCGCAGUUGGAUUGUGCCAUCUCUAUCAGUAUUAUAACGGAAUGGUGCAGACUGAUGACGAAUCAAAACUGAAGACGGAGCAAGAAAGUUCCUUCGUCGAUUUCAAGUCCACUCUAAAGACUCUCUUCUGGGCUGUUUUCUGCAUGAGUCCCGUAGAAAGCGCCGAUGUGAUCAUCGAAAAUCUUCCAGGUGAAAGGGAGUCAGAGACAAUAAUCAAUCAUCAUAACUUCACCGAAUUUAUCGGCUAUCUUGCUUUUGCCAGCUUCCAAUUUAUUUCCGUGGUAAUCGUUUUGAAUAUGCUAAUUGCGUGUAUGGCGAAUACUUUCACCAAAGUGACUGAUAACGUCAAUGUGGAGUGGAUCUUUGGUCGCACUGAAGCUUACGUCGAUUUCAUGCUCACAACAACGCUCCCACCUCCAUUCUGCAUUUUCUCGAUUUUCACGGGAUUGCGACCAGUGAUUGAGUACAUAAAAAUAUUGAUUAAACCGCCACCUGGCAAACGGGCACGAUGGGAUUUUAUAAAUUGUUGCUACAUAGAGGAUCUAGAAGAAAAAAAGGACAAUCGAUUCGCAGAAGUCAUGACGCAACUGGUGCAACGUUAUCUUCGUCAACACGAAAAGAAAGUGGAAGAAACGGACGUGCAAAAGCUGAGAAACGAACUGAUAGAAUUCAGCAAUAUUCUGAAGGAGGCUCUUAGUCCAUCUUAAAAGAUAUUUUAUUGAUAUUUCAUCUCAAAGAGACAUUUCUAUUUACGUCUUCAUAUUAAUUUCGUAAUUCUUUGCACAGUAUGUAUCAGAAAGCGUGACAAAACUUAAAUAUCCGUAACAAA